AUGGGGCUCAGUCCAGCCUCCAUUUGUGCAGCUCUUGCUGCUGGUGGCGGCCUGGCUUCCUUGGCUUACGCUUGCUUCUACAGCUGGCUUUGGGACUGCCACCUCCGAGCAUAUCCGGCCUAUCGUGGCAAGUACCCGCGGCUGUUUUGGGAUGUCGCCACGCAUAUCCUUACGCUGAAAAGGCUCUGGGGAUUCGCGACAAGCCCUCUCAGGAAGCUGCCAGACUUCUACAUUGUCGGCUGCCCCAAAUGUGGCACCAGUGCCAUCUACCGAUAUCUCGCCCUUCAUCCGCGAAUCGUAGAGCCCGCCUUUAAGGAGUCCCGCUUUUUGUGGGGCUUUCUCGGCUUGAACCUCUCGGCACUUCGCUACAGGUCGAUCUUCCCCAUAUGGUGGCGGGGGGAGGGACACUUGACCUUCGAUGCCGAUUGUACAAUUGCCGCAGCACCCAAACUUGCCGCUGCGCUUUUUCACCGGCUGACCCCAAAGGCCAAGAUCAUCAUGUCCUACCGUGACCCUGUCGAAGCGGCAUGGUCCAUGUACAAGUUCCGAUCACGCAUCAAAGGACGUUUCGACUUCGGCUGGACGUUUGACCAGAUGUUCAAGAUGGAGGCGGACUUGGACGCCUCUCCAUCUUGGGCCCACAUGGAUACCCUGGCUGCUGCAUUGGAUGCUGGCGCUAGUUCAGUUACGAUUACUCCCCAGAUGGGUUCUUGUGGAGUGAACUCCACCUUGCUGCGACCGCAGCGUGUUGCUGACGUGCUUGAGGCCUUUGAGUCACGCUUUGGCCGCGAGAACGUGUUGCUCGUCGACUUUGCCGACCUAGCCGCAGACGCACAGCAGACAGUGCGACGCAUCUAUGACUUCCUGGGCGUGGAGUCCACGAUUGAACUCCCUCCACUACACAAAGUGGAGCCCGAAGAUGUGUUGGAUAUGGUCGUGGAACCUAGUGUACAGUGA